GCAGAUAUACAAAACUCACGAGGAAGAGCCGAAGCUUGAAGAGGCGUGCUCUAUGUAACACAACUGAACUCUCUAAUCUCAAUUAUUUCUUCAAGUUUAAUUAACUUCAAUAAUGCGAUCUACGUUAUUGAAAAGAAGACAUUAAUAGUGUGUUUUGAAGGAAUAUUGGUAAUGGCUACUACUGAAAACAUGGAAUCCAGUUCCCCUGAGUACAAAGGGGACCAUGGUGCAGCUGACUCGGAUUCCAAGGUUCCACAUAAAGUCCUUUAUUGUGGAGUGUGCUCUUUGCCAACAGAGUACUGUGAGUAUAUGCCAGACCGCAAAAUGCCCCCAGGGAAACAUACCGAAACUGGAGGUUGUGACCGAGAGGAACCACCAUUAGUUGAAGAGGAGGAGAGGAAGAAACAGAAGCGAGGUGGAAGAGGCCAGAUUAAACAGAAAAAGAAAUCGGUACCACAGAAAGUCACAAUAGCAAAGAUCCCGCGGGCAAAGAAGAAAUACGUCACAAGAGUGUGUGGCCUACAAACGUUUGACAUCGAGCUUAAGGAUGCUCAGCGGUUCUUUGCCCAGAAGUUCUCCUGUGGAGCCUCGGUGACGCCGGAGGAUGAGAUCAUUAUUCAGGGAGACUUCACAGAUGACAUCAUUGAUGUCAUUCAGGAAAAGUGGCCAGAGGUGGACGAUGACAGCAUCGACGAUUUGGGAGAAGUCAAGAAGUGAAGAUCUAAUAUGCACUUUUACUGAUUAUGGAUGUGACAUGUAACAGCAAAACCUUGGCCAAAUGUACACGUUAACAUUAAAAAAAAAAGAAUCAUUUUAUAUCUAUUUUAUUUACUGUAUAUAAAUACUGCAGACUUGGCAAUUUUAGUUAUGAUAGCUGCUUUCUCAUUUGCCAAAAGCUGUGGUAUUAUGUGAAUCCCUCCCAUUUCUCUCAACACAAAUCUAGGCUAAUAAAUUUCAGUCUCAUUCA